CACGUAUUUGUGAGUCCUCGACAAUGCCCAUGGACUGUUGCCUUCAGCGAUGUCAUGGCAGCAGGUGGGGAUUCGCCAUAUCUCUGGCUGGCGCAGGAAACACCACAGAACUCUUCCUCCGAGCGGAGGUGGGUGCCCUUGCCACGCGUGGACUCCGAGCACCUCGAAGCCAUCUUGGCGGGUGGAAAGGAGUUACCAUCAGCAGUGCCAGUGGAUUAUGGCAGAUACGAUGUCGAUCUGGAAAGGAGAGUGCUAAGGGCCGUGUAUUGGGAUGAACCCGAGAGGCGGUGCAUUCGGAGCUCAUGGUUUCAAGGGAAGAUUGGUGGCCCCUGGACGCCCUACGAAGAGGAAGAUGGAGAGGGCUUGGAGACCGCCUUUCAGCGCCUGCGGACGAAGAAGGAAAAGGCCCCGCUGCUGGUGCCCGUGAACAGGGGGACACAUGACGUGCGCUUUGAGGCGCUGCCACCAGAAGGGUUGCAAGAGGACGAUUCAAGCACAUGGUUCUUCGGUGGCAGUGGGCCAAAGCGCUAUGCUGUGACCGGUCCCCUGCACCUGGAGAAGUCCGAGGAGGAGAAGGCGGUGAAGGAUGCCGGAAGUGAUGAACUUCAAUUUGCUGCUGUACAAGAAGCCGUUGAGAGGAGUGGGGGCCAGAAGGAAACCUUCCUUGUUUGGCGUGGGUACUGGGUGGUGGCGGGUGAAGAGAAGCUCCAUGAGGAGGAGGAAGAAAGAUUGCCCAGCCGGGUUGAGUGUUUGACCUUUGUGGUCCAUGGCAUCGGCCAGUAUCAUCGUGCUCAGCAGGGGCUCAACUCCCAGUUCUUCAAGGAAGUGUCGAAGUUCCGAAAGCUGGCCAUGAAGUAUCAGCUUGAAAGAUUGGCAUCGGAGCCUGAGGGUGGUCCCAGGCCGCACGGACGGGUGGAGUUCCUUCCCUUGGAAUGGUACGGUCCUAUUCAUGUGGACGUUGGAAUAGGCAAUCGAUUGAAGAACGUGACGCUCAAGUCAGUGAGCCCGUUGCGGGACUUCGCGAACUUCGCGGUCGCUGACAUCAUGGUCUACCUGGAUGACCAAUGGCGGGAACGAAUACACGAAGAGCUUACCAGAAAGAUGGGUCAACUGUGGAAGCUUUUCUCAGAUCGCACUCCAGACUACUCUGGAGAGAUUGCUGUGGUCGGGCACUCCUUGGGGUCGGUCAUCAUGUUCGAUCUCAUGCAGAAGGGAGUGGAGAAGCUUCCUCAAGGUCUGCACUGCUCCCAGAAGGAUGUUUCCCCAAGCACAAAGAAGCCAACAGUACCGGCGCCUGCGAAAGUGAAUGUUGCCACGCCUGGCAGCUUUGACCGAAAGGGUGUCAAGAUUCUCAAAGAUCACGUGGCGAAAGGACACGUCGCUGCCUUGAGCAAAGGACAAGCAGCGGGAGCCAUUGAGCAUCCGGUUCCACGAUGUCUCUUUGCUGUUGGAUCGCCCUUGGGGAUGUUCUUGAGCAUCCGUUUGUCGCAGAAGGCGCAGCGCGCCUCGAGGUACUUCAGGGGCCUCGACGUCCGCUGGCCCGCGGUGUGCGAGGGACGAGGAUGGAGGAUGUUCAACGUCUUCCAUCCAGAUGACCCGAUCGCGUAUCGGAUCGAGCCGCUUCUGAACCCGGCCUAUGCGAAGCAAAACCCAAGGGUGGUACCUCACAAAGGUGGUUUGCGCUGGAACCACAAGAUUAGCAGUUGGUUUACCAGCUCCUCCGCGUCCAAGGGACCUGACAGUGCCGGGCUGCUGGACUUGGACGAAACCUUUGAGGAGGUUUUGGUUGUGCCGACUGAGGACCCGUCCAGCUUCUUCGAGGAGAAACCGGCGCGGCAAGCAGUGGUCACCGUGGACAGAGUGGACUACGCUUUGCAGGUCAGUGCCUUCGAAAGCAUGAAUGAGAUGCUCAGUGCACUCCAGAGUCACUUCUCCUAUUGGGACAAUGAGGAUUUGCUCCGCUUCGUCGUCGACCAAAUCCACGAGUCGCUGCAAAGUAAAGCGAGAUCGUCGAAAUGAGGGGACCUGGCAGUAGUUCGACGAACGCGCUCGACGUGUUGGUCCCGUGUGUAUAUAUACAUUUGAUAACACAGCUUAACCGGCCAAAGACUGUCUCACCCGAGGAAAGAAUCGUUUCUCACCAAAAGAUUGUGCGGGCGAAUCGGUUCCUUUUUGUGUCAGUUGGCCGUCAGCAGU